AUGUGUCGACACCACCCAAACUCCAUCUGCGGUAAGAGCCGUCACUUCUACGAGGAAAAGCUCAAUACCGGCCGCCGGUUCCGGCUCUUCAUCUGCGAGUCGACGCAGGCCGAUGUGGCUUAUCUCCUCCACCAUCACCCAGACCGUAUCGGAGCCAAAGCCAUGGCCAGGGCGUGCGGCCUGAACUUUGACAGCAGCAGAACUGGCCGGGUUCUUCUCAACAAGUUCAUGCAACAAGUCAUGUAUCUGGAGAAGAAGAUGGUCCGCGCCCAGGCAGCUGGACAUCAGCUUCGUUUCCAGUGCGCCGCCACCUCGCCUCCCGUCCUCCCGGGUGUCGCCAACCAGACUUCACCCCAGAACCCCGUGGCUAGCAUGACUCAAGCCUCUUUUCAGAUCCCAGGAACCCCAGCGCCCGCCCCGAUGUUCGCCCCAACCGAGAAGACAGUCAUGCCCACACCCAAUCAGAGCGUCCAACCGAUGAAGAUGCUUGACCGUCAUGAUCUCGACGCUCUUGCUGAACAGCUCGGCACAAAGAUCAAAUUGGAGAACCAAGACUGA